AUGGUUAGCUUUGCUCAAAUUCCUUCUUGGUAUUGGCCUUCGAUAGGAGUCACGAAAUAUUGCAUAAAUGACAGAGGUACUUCUAUUCCUAAUUUGUGGGCGCUUUGGGGUAAUGAUGUGAUUGCAUCUGUUAUUUUUGUUUCUAACCAAUGUAUAGCUUUGGAGAUCUCUUGCUUUAAUUCAACUGUUUAUUUGGCUGCCAUUUAUGCACAUAAUUAUUAUGUUAAAAGGCGUGAACUUUGGGCUGAUCUUACUAACCUCCAAGGAUGUUUCCAAGGUCCGUGGCUUUUUGUGGGUGAUUUUAAUUGUAUUUUAGGUGCUCAUGAAAAACGGGGCAGGCGCCCUCCGCCCCCUUUGUCGUGUGAAGAUUUCUUAAACUGGACGAAUGCAAAUGUUUUAAAUCAUCUUCCUACUUUGGGAUCUUUUUUCACUUGGUCUAAUGGUCGUUUCGGCAUGGAAAAUGUGGCCCUUCGCCUAGAUAGGGCAGUUUGUAAUGAGGCUUGGGUGAAUUUUUGGCGCCAAUCUACUUGCUCCGCAUUAGUUCGACAUCAGUCUAAUCACAAUCCUAUUUUGCUCUCCCUUAUUUUCUCCUCUGCUCAACAUGCCAGCCCUUUCAAAUUCUUUAAGGUUUGGACAUCACAUGUGGACUGUCGGAAAUUGGUGACUGGAGUUUGGUCUAAGGAGGUUAAUGUUGAGGAACAAUUUUGGAAAGAGAAGGCGCGCAACCAGCAUUUUAUCAAUGGUGACCGUAACACUGCUUACUUUCACAGAAUAUCUAAAAUCCGGGCAGCCACCAACUCUAUUUCUUUGUUGCAAGAUGGUGAUAAUAUUCUCUCUGAGUCUGCGGAUAUAGAGGUGCAUAUUCUAUCUUACUUUCAGGGUAUUUUCAGCAUGGAUAAUAAUUGUGGUCAGAAUACAUUAGUGGAUGAGACCAUUCCAGCGCUAGUUACGGAAGAGGACAAUCAAAUGCUUAUGCGUUUUCCUUUGUCGAGUGAAAUCAAGGCAGCGGUCUUUGCUCUAAAUGCGGAUGGGGCACCAGGACCGGAUGGGUUUGGUGGUCAUUUCUACCAAACCUUUUGGGAUGUUGUGGGAAGUGAUGUGGUCCAAUCCGUUCAAGCAUUUUUCCUUCAUGGUUUGGUUCCUCCUAAUAUUAAUUCAAGCAUGCUUGUGUUAAUCCCAAAGAUUCAAGGAGCACGGUCUAUGGGUGACUACCGUCCUAUUGCUCUCGCGAAUUUUCAAUUCAAAAUAAUAACAAAAAUUUUAGCUGAUAGGCUUGCUUGCAUAACGUCGCGCAUCAUAUCUGUUGAGCAGCGGGCAUCUGAGGCUAUCAACUCUCUUGAUAAACGCCAGUAUGGUGGUAAUAUCGCUAUUAAGGUUGACAUCUCCAAAGCUUUCGACACUUUAGAUUGGAAUUUCCUGAUUGAUGUGCUUAAUAACUUCGGGCUGAAGAGUAAUAUUAGAGAGCUUCUCCGUAUUUUUCAGAGAUGCUCAGAGGUGUCUGGACAGGUUAUAAACAACACAAAAAGCAGGUUCUAUACGGGAGCUAUGUCGGGCACUCGGACACAGAUGAUUGCUUCUUUGCUGGGUUUCUCGGUGGGAACUGUACCUUUUCAGUAUCUUGGUUGCAAUAUUUUCCAAGGGAAACCAAAAGCAAUUCACUUCCAUGGGAUUAUAGAUAAAAUUAAAAAUAAAUUGGCAACUUGGAAAGGUCGAAUUUUGUCAAUUAUGGGACGGGUGCAGCUAGUUAAAUCAAUAAUUCAUGGAAUGCUUGUGUACUCUUUUCAUGUGUAUCUCUGGCCUAGAAGGUUAUUGCGGCUUCUGGACUCGUGGUUAAAAAAUUUCAUUUGGAGUGGUGAUGUUAAUACCAGGAAAGUAUGCACGGUGGCUUGGAAAGUUUUGUGUCAACCUUGGAAUGAAGGUGGGCUGGAUAUCAAGCCUACGCGUUUGAUUAAUGAAGCGCUAAUUCUUAAACUGUCCUGGAAUUUACUUGCUACGGAUUCUCGAUGGUCUAACCUCUUAAAACGACGAUAUUUCUCCAAUGGUAUGCCCAGCUCGCGUUACUUUAAAUCCUCGGUUUGGUCAGGUAUUAAGGAGUUUAUAGGGACGAUCUUGGUGAACUCUUUAUGGAUAGUGGGCAGUGGUGAUAGCAUCAAUUUUUGGACUGAUAAUUGGUUAGGUGCUCCGUUGGUAGAUGUAACACCCCAUUCCCAAAUAUAA